AUGGCGUACAUCUUUUUCGAAAACCAGGAGUUUCUUGCUAAUGGCUCCAAUGUUGCUCGCAUUUCCUGGAGCGAGGUUGAAGGGGCCUUCCAGCACCCUGACCAGGCUGACCUCGCGACAUUUGGCGGCCUCGACUGGACGAAACCAUAUCCGGGCUCUUCAGUUGACGGAUUCGAGGCUCAUCUUCGUAUUGCCAACGAUGUCCCAUGGCCGGACUCCGUCGGCAAGAAUCUGACAACUGAGGUCACUGCCCUCACCUUUGGUCUUCCUGCCGCCUUGAUGGACCCAGGCAAGACUUUGCCUCUGCCAAUGGACCCUACGUGGUUUAUUUGCCGUCACUACUUUGUUAGCGCUCGACCGGAUCCUACGGAACAAAUCGAUCAUGCUUGUGGCUUCCUGUCUGCGGAGUGUCGCGCCGAUUUGGAGACAAGCCUUACGGGAAACUGGUUCCAGGAGGACCCAGACGUUCCUUGCUCGGCACUGAUUCUCGAUCCUGUGCCUGUGAGCUGCCAGGGCACACUUGGUCUUGUCCGAGGUGAUGCUAUCGCUUUGAACUCGGAAUCCCUGCAAGAUGCUUCCAUCGCUACAGCCUAUGUCACAGAUCAGAUCACAGACUGGUCGUGGAUGAUUGGCACCGGUGCCGUGGAUGAAGGCAACACGACCGCCUACUAUGACGCGUCGAAUCGGACCUUCAUCAUUGGUACUGUAUUCGGAUACAGCUCUAGCGUUGAUGAGACUAAGAGGCAGACUCCAAAGCUGUGCCUUGCCUGCCUCCGUCCCGAAUGGGUUCCUCCUUCAACCCCCAACGUCACAUCUGCUGUCCCUCCCUAUUCCUACCCGCCUCAGACAACAAAAUCCGCCACGACGACUACUGCCCAAUCAUCCCAGCCGGCGACCACCGCGCCAUCCGGUCCUGCCUGUGUUUCUGGAACGGUAUCACCUUACCGCACUAGCGGCGACUUCAAGAAGCUGUGCGAAUUCAGUUGCACCUAUGACUAUUGUCCUCCGACGGCGUGCCAGUGUCUUGAGUACGCUGACACAGCCAAGGCUAGCCCUCCUGUCGUAGACUCUGACGGUUGUCCCCUUGACGGCGUCACUGACGAUGACCGAUAA